UUGUGGGCACACACCCUCCUCCUCCUCCUCCUCCAUAUUCUCUUUCUUUCUCGCCCCUUUAAAAACCCAUCCACUGACUCAUAUUCCAAACUUGUAGAGAGAGAGAGAGAGAGUACUUCCUCAAAUGGGACUCAAAGUUUCAACAAUGACUUUCUUGUUCCUCUUCUUUCUCUUAUUAAUAUUGGGAUUCAAUUUCUCGGAAGCUCAGAAAGUACCGGGCAUGUACGUGUUCGGAGACUCCUUAGUAGAUGUCGGAAACAAUAACCACCUCAAACUCUCCCUCAACAAAGCUGAUUUUCCUCAUAACGGCAUCGACUUUCCCGGAAAAAUACCCACCGGAAGGUUCAGUAACGGCCACAACUUUGCAGACCUUCUAGCUGAGAAAGUGGGUAUAGUGACUCCUCCCCCGUAUCUCUCACUUGUAUCUAACAAGCCUAGUAAUACUGCCUUUCCAAUCACCGGCGUUAGCUUUGCCUCCGGAGGUUCUGGAAUCUUUAAUAGCACUGAUUUUGAACGAUCGAUUCCAUUAUCCAAACAAGUUGAGUACUACUCAACUAUUGUGUAUGAAGAUCUAGUACACCAACUUGGAUCAUCUGGGGCCCAACUACAUCUAUCAAAAUCACUCUUCACCCUUGUCGUCGGAAGCAAUGAGUUGCUGGGCUACUUCAGUUCCGGGUCGGACCUCCCUACAAAAAGCACUCCACAGCAGUAUGUUGAUUUAAUGGUUCUCACUCUCAAACAAGUGUUGAAGAGCAUGCAUAAUUUUGGUGCACGUAAAUAUGUGAUUGCUGGGAUUGGAGCAGUGGGUUGUUGUCCCUCACAGAGGAAUCAGAACAAAACUGAAGAAUGCAAUGAGGAAGCAAACUACUGGACUGUCAAGUACAAUGAAGGCCUCAAAUCAAUGUUGCAGGGACUCAAAUCAGAGCUCAAGGACAUAGACUACUCCUUUCUGGACAUCUAUGGUGUCUUCGUUCGCCUCAUUCAGACACCCUCCACCUUCGGAUUUAAUGAGGUUAAAUCAGCAUGUUGUGGGUUGGGAAACCUAAGAGCCCAAGUUCCAUGCCUACCGAUUUCAAGCUACUGCUCCAACAGAAGUGAUCAUAUCUUCUGGGAUCUGUAUCAUCCUACUGAAGCAGCUACUCGUAUUUUCGUUGACACGAUUUUUCAUAGUUCUCAACAAUAUACAGUCCCCAUGAAUGUUGACCAGCUAAUUGCUAUAGGGGGACAAGAAGGGUCGAUCGCCCCCGUUACGAUCAAUGAUGGACCUCUAGGAGGGCAAGCAGGGGCGAUGGCCCCCUCUAUGAUAUCAAAAACCUUUGCUAUUAUACUAGUGUUAAUUAUAAUUAUCUCUAAAUGGUAGAAGUUUUUCCCUUUUAAGUAUUUUUUUUUUUUAAAUUUUAAAUGGUUAUCCUCUCUUGAUUUUUUUUU